AUGGAAACAAAGCCUACUAUUCAACGACCUGAGCCUCAGGGCGAGAAUGUCGUCAUCGUAGAAUGGUCGGGUCCAGAAGAUCUAGGAAAUCCUGUUAACUGGCCUGAAAGUCGGAAGUGGCUCGCAACUAGUCUUGGCUUGCUGGCGACGUUCAGUUCUAUCAUUAAUGGGUCGAUAAUCACGACCGCUCACUUGGAGAUCAACGCAGAAUUCAACAUCGACGAGACAGUCUUCCCGCAUUCUUACUGGUCGGUGACGUCGUGGGGAAUUGGCGGUGGUCUGUUUUCCCUGGUACUUUUACCUUUAAUGGAGGACUUCGGUGUGCGACCUGCUUUCCUUCUCACGUAUUUUGUCUUCAUAUGCUUUUUGAUCCCAGUAGGGUUGGCGCAGAACUUCGCCACCCUCAUCAUCUGCCGUUUCUUCAGUGGUGGUUGCGUGUCGAUACUCGCAAACACGGUUGCAGGUAUUGCAUCCAAUGUUUUCGACGGGUAUCGGGCCAGGACUAUUCCUGUUAAUAUGUAUAUCUUGUUCUACAUGGCCGGGAGCAGUUUAGGCCCGGCGAUCGGUGCCGUCAUCCUUCAGCAUCUACCAUGGCGGUGGACUGGCUACAUCGAGCUGAUCUGGACUGUGGCGCUUUUCCCGCUGUUUAUCUUCGCGAUGCCCGAGUCGCGAGGCUCAGUAAUAUUGGGCCGUCGUGCGCGAAAACUUCGACAAGAAGGCAAAAAUGCUUUCACCAGAGAAGAACUGCAUCAUAUCCCGGUGUUGGACAUCGUUAUGAAUAGCGUUCGGCGACCAAUAUACAUGCUGUGCACUGAGCCGGCUCUCAUAGUGGCCACUGUUUGGUCUGCAUUCAGCUUUGGGGUCAUAUACCUCUUCACUCAAUCGGUUGAGUUGGUCUUCACUAGUUUGUAUGGCUGGGAUGCUGUACAAGCAGGUUAUGUUCAGACGGCCCUUGUCUUGGGCGAAUUCCUUGGAUGGAUAUUUUGCUCGGUCACUGACCCGUGGUACUACUCUUCUGCUCGGCGUAACACCGAGUCGCCAGGCACGCCAAUUCCGGAGGCACGCCUCUAUGCCGCCGUUCUAGGAGGGUUUAUCGGCGUGUCUGGUGGCAUGUUCAUAUAUGCGUGGACUUCGUAUUCAUGGAUCCCGUGGGAAGCUCCCGCUGUGGGUCUAGUCAUGGUCGGCGCCGGAUCGACUGCUGUCGUGACAGGCAUAGCCCACUACAUCGUAGACGCUUACAGCAUGUAUGCUGGAAGCGCGAUUGGAGCUGUUGUGCUGGGAGAAAACAUGUUUAUCGCUUUUCUUCCACUUGCUGCUCAGAGCAUGUACACGACUCUCGGCUUCCAGAUCGCAAGCACAGUUCUGGCCAUCGUUUCAGCUAUCCUCACUUCGACUCCUAUAGCACUCUUAAUCUGGGGUCAGCAAAUCAGGUCCCGAAGUCGCUUUAUGGAAUCCGGGAAAACCCUAGGAGCAGAUUCGUAUCCUAUGGAAGAUAGGGGUACGAUCUAG